CAUCUCUACCUUUUCCAUCUCUUUCCGGUUUAGGAUUUUGACCAGCGUGCUUGUUCUCGUCCCGAGCUAAGGCCAUUUGUUAUAAACAAUUAAUUUUUGGCAACUUGCACAAUCAGUGAUUAGCCACAGCACUUCGACAUGUCCACCAAAGCUGAGCUCGCCUGCGUCUACGCCUCCUUGAUCCUGGUCGAUGACGAUGUUGCAGUCACCGGCGAGAAGAUCAACACCAUUCUGAAGGCCGCCAACGUCGAGGUGGAGCCCUAUUGGCCCGGCCUCUUCGCCAAGGCCCUGGAGGGCAUCAACGUCAAGGAUCUGAUCACCAACAUUGGAUCCGGAGUCGGUGCCGCCCCCGCCGGAGGUGCUGCCCCCGCAGCCGCCGCCGCUGCUCCAGCCGCCGAGUCCAAGAAGGAGGAGAAGAAGAAGGAGGAGGAGUCCGACCAGUCCGACGACGACAUGGGCUUCGGUCUGUUCGAUUAAGCUGGCUGACACCGGAAUCCCCUAGAGACCUUCUAGACAACCUGACAUCCGUUGUGUUUGUGCUCUAAUCCUCGAGUGGUGAACGUGUACCAUGUUUCCCGACCUGCGUACACGUUUUAAUGUACAAAUUCGAGGAAAUAUAGAAGACGUUUGCUAAAAAAAAAGUGAUGGUUGUCUAUUUACUAGAACGGUGCUGAUUUUUUGUAUUUUUUGGAGUAACCUCAUAUUCAUUCUCGUAUAGUGAAAUCCCUUAGGAUAUGAAUAUGGAUCCUCUUCAAAGAAAAAUCAAAUGAGAUAGAGGUUGCCCAUAAAUAAUGACAGGUA